UGCUCACACCUCCAAGUGGUCUCCAACGGAAAGAUGGCGUCAGUCUCGAAUUAUAGCAGCUACAACCAGGCUGGUGCACAGCAGACGUACGGAUCGUAUGCAGCACAACCUUCUCAGGGCUAUGCACAAACUGCACAGCAGGCAUAUGCUCAGCAGGAUUAUGGCUCCUAUGCUCAGCCUGCAGCAGCAGCAGCAACAGAGUCAACCUACAGUCAAGCAACGCCCUCUGCUGGAGGAUAUGCACAACAGCAGUAUGCAUCCUCAUAUGGGCAAGCAGCAGCAGCGACCGCAGCAGCAGUAACAGCAGCAGCUCCAGCUGCAUAUGGAACACCGCAGUCAGGAGCUUACAGUCAGCCUGCACAGACUUAUGGAGCCGGCAGCUACACUAACUCCACUGCGGCCCCUGCUGCCCAGGCCUCAUAUGGCUCCCAGUCCGGAUACUCCACCCAACCAGCCUAUUCUGGCUACAACCAGCAGGCUGCUGCCUCUGCUCCACAGAGCUAUAGUGCAAGCAGCCAGCCUUCCUAUAACCAGGCUGCCUACUCCCAGCCUGGGGCUUACACUCAGCCUCAGAGUGGGUACCAGGCUCAGCAGCCUGGCUAUGGACAGCAGCAGCAGGGCAGCUAUGGGCAGGGACAGCCUUCUCAGCAAGGCCCACCUGCUGCUUACCCUCCUCAGGGUAAUGGUGCAUAUGGACAGGCUCAGUACAGCCAGAGUGCACCACAGAAUGAUUACAACCAGUCAAAUCACUAUAAUAGCUACAGUCAGGGUGGCAUGAGUGGAGGAUACCAAGGGUCACAGCGGGGUGGCAGAGAUGGUUAUGAGCGUGGAGGCCCACGGGGGCGUGGGGGGAUGGGCCGUGGAGGCAUGGGCAUCGCUGGAGACAGAGGGGGCUUCAAUAAGCCUGGUGGAUCCAUGAGGGAUGGAAUGGGCCGUGAAAUGGGAGAGCAGGAUGACUCUGAGAACAGCACCAUCUACAUCACAGGCCUUACCGAGAAUGCCAAUCUACCAGAGAUGGCCGAAUUCUUCAAGCACCCUGGACCCAUACGGAUAAACCGUCGUUUAAACCAACCGGCCAUAAACAUCUACACAGAUAAAGACACAGGCAAGCCAAAGGGAGAUGCCACUCUGUCCUAUGAGGAACCCGCAUUUGCCAAAGCAGCUGUUGAAUACUUUGACGGAAAGGAGUUCCAGGGCCGGAGGUUGAAGGUGUCUAUGGCUCGCCGGAAGCCCAUGAUGGGAGGUAUGAGAGGAAUGCCAAUGAGAGGUGGAAUGGACCGUGGAGGUAUGGGAAGAGGUGGAGAUAGGGGUGGAUUCCCUCCUCGUGGGGGACCUCGAGGUGGAAUGGGCUGGGGUGGGCCUCAAGGGGGCAACACGCAGUCGAGAGCUGGAGACUGGGAAUGCCCUAAACCUGGAUGCGGAAAUCAAAACUUUGCCUGGAGAAUGGAGUGUAACCAAUGUAAAGCUCCAAAACCUGAAGGCCUUGGAGCUCCUCCCUUCCCUCCUGCAGGAGGUGAACGUGGCAGGGGUGGUAUGGGAAUGAGAGGUGGUAGAGGAAUGGAUCGUGGGGGUCCGGGGGGCAUGCGUGGAGGCUGGGGAGGAGAUCGGGGAGGCUUCAGAGGGGGCCGUGGUGGAAUGGACAGAGGGGGUUUCAGAGGUGGUAGCAGGGGUGGUCCUCCCAUGGACAGAGGGGGCAGGAGAGGCAUGGGACCCCCAGGCAAGGAUAUGAGGGAUCAUCGCCAGGAGCGCAGAGACAGACCCUACUGAGCUAUUGCAUCCAAGCAAAAAGAAAAUGACAUAAGAGGAACACUUUUAAAGUUCUUUUUAUUUAUGAUUCCAUAUUUAUAAAUGGCUCUCUUUUUGCUUGCUGUAUAUUUUACAGAACCACAUUGUUUUUAGUUUUUUUUUAUGUAUACAUUUUUUUUUUAAGAUGCUCAGUUCCCCUUAGUCACCAUUUUAGGUGGUCUGUCUUACCUGUCUCUCUGUGUAACUAUGUACUUUGAAUAAUUUUUAGAAAUAAACUUUUUCCACCACCA